GUUACUUUUCAUUAAAAUGGAAUGACUGUCGCUGGUUUUUCAUCAGCCAGUCUCUCCCUCCGCAUCCCAACCCAAGGCAGACAAACUCUGGUGUUCCCAACAGAAGACAAAGACCGCCUCCGAUUCAGGUUAAAUGGACGAAUCCGAGAAGAGAAAGGAACGGCUUAGAGCAAUGCGCAUCGAAGCUGAAGAGACCGAAGCUUCACUUAAUGCUGCAACUUCAGCCGUCCCUGGUUACCUUUCCAAUCCGUUGGCCGAAGAUACUACAGCUAUACCAGUCCCGGAGGAGCCUUGUGCUCCUUUUAGGUUUGACUUUUACUCAGAUCCUAUGGCAGCCUUCUCUUCCGACAAUAAAAGGAUUAAAGUCGGCGACCAGAUUGCACAAGAUAAUUUUAGACAUUCAAAUACUGGUGGGUUUCCGGGGGCAAGGCUUCCGUCACCUCUUUCAGGAGGACCAAGGAACCCUCAAAUGACUGCUUCUCCUGCUCAUCAGUUUCAAAGAAGUUAUUCACCUGACCAGAGAAUGUACCAAGCACAAGGUUCCUAUCAAAAUUUUAGUCCUCAAAGAAGCCCCGUAGGAAUGGAAAGACCUUUCCCUAUGCAUCACGGGAAUCGACCUGAAGUUUGGAAUGGAGCUGAAUUUAGACCACCAGCAAUCCCUGGAUAUGGACCACAAGGAAGCCCUAGAUUUAGGCCACAAGGAAGCCCGGGAUUUAGACCACCAGGAAGCCCUAGAUUUCAACCACCUGGAAGCCCUGGAUUUAGACCACCGACAAGCCCUGUAUUUAGGCCACCAGGAAGCCCUGGUUCCAAUAUUGGGCAAGGCAGGGGGCACUGGUUCAGCCAUACUCCAAGACCUCAAUCAGUACAUGGAGGCAGCCCUAGUCCUGGUUCAAGUUCAGGAAGAGGUGGGUGGCGUGGUUCUCAUGGUCGUGCAAUGGACAGACAAUUAGGGCCAGAGCGGUUUUACAAUGCUUCCAUGGUUGAAGACCCAUGGAAAUUUCUAGAACCUGUAAUCUGGAAGGGGGUAGAUACUCCCUUGAGAUGUUUGAACACCCAUGGCUCUUCAAAACCGUCAAUUGGUAUAUCUAGUAGCACAAAUAAUGCAAGCAUUUCAGAAGCUGUAAACAAGUCCAUGCCGCAGCCAAGCUUGGCAGAGUUCUUGGCCGCCUCAUUAAAUGAAGCUGUCGAUGAUGCACCAAGUACAUAACCUUUGCUCCUGAGUUCUAGUGAGAGUCUCUCACGAUACAAUGCACCCGUCAUAAAGAUGGCAAAGCAGAGCACGGAAGCAAGUAUUCAGAAGGUUCAAACACCUGCAUUUGGCUGCCAAGCUUGACAGAGCACUCAGGCUGCCUCAUUCAGUAAAGCUGUCAACAGUGCACCAAGUAUACAACAGUUGUUCCUGAUUCCAGGAAGAACUAAGCAAUACUAAUGCACUUGCGGGCAAGACGGAAAACAAAACUGGUGCUAGAUAGGCACCAACUGGAUCGAUGUAUUUCUAAAAGUGCCUGAAGUUUGAUGAUUUGGCUUGUAAUAAUUUUCGAAAACUAACGUGGCUUUAUUAUCAACUGGAUGCUGGUUUCUGGAUUUGUUUAACAUGUAAUCUCGGGAUUAGUCUGUAUGUUUUCCAAGCUAAGGUUGCAAUUACAGAAGUUCCAUUUGCAGGAAAAGUUCAA